CGGAAGUGAAGGGGCGGGGCUUAUUCCGGGCGACUGAUGGGAGGAAGCUAAUAUGUUAGCUGAUUUUAACGCACAAGUCGUGAAUUCUCAGGCUGUCGCGCGUGCACUUGGCUACGACAGGAAUUUCCCGUUUAAGCGACGUUUUAUUUCGUUUUUUCGUCCAUGCCUCCGCUUUCCUGAUAUGACACCGACAAAGAAAAUACGACACGGUCGUCUGGGGAGAAUCUUGAAGAAAUGAUGUCGGGUUCGCCGGGACGGAUUUAAUUUUGUGUCACGCGCCGCUCCGUGGGUUUAAUAAUGAAAUCGGAGGCGAGUCCGUUAGCCAGUCAACGCUGUUGCUAUGUAACGUUAGCUAGCUGUAGCGUUUUAAGUUAAUAACACUGUCUGUCAUGGUUUAGUUUUUUUCCUCCCCCUUUGUCUUUCGAAAGGUUUAUCAUAUUAUUUAGGCUUUUAAAAAUUUCAUUGAUAACACAUCAGUUUGAAAUGAAGGUUCAGUGAUACGUCAGCUAGCUAGCUAAUAAAUAAUUUACAUAGAUACAUAACUAGCAUAGCUGGAGUUUAGCUGGUGAAAUUCUUAAUACAGAGGAAUAACAGACUGGUAAUUCAGCUAAGAAAGGGGAGAAUUGCUUUGUCGGUUUAAGUUUACGAGCCAGUGCUGAUUUUUUACUUGCACAAGACAUUAAUCAACAUUCAAGUCAGUCCGGCGGUUAUGCUAGCAAUUUGACUCGGAACCGACUCGGAACCGAAUCUAAUGUAAGUUAGGUUAAAAAGUUCUGUUAAGCGCGUUGACAGUUUGGGUUUCAGGGAGUAAAUAUUUGAGGCCCUGCGUGAUUUCCAGUUGAGAUUUGUGGCACUCCAGCAGGGAGUUGGCUUUCUGUCAGCUUUCUGAUCGACUCUUAGGAAUAUUUAUCAUCUUACUAACUCUAAAUCAAAAUGAAGAACUACAUGGCGAAGACCAAGAUGUGAAUUGGAAGAAGGUUGAGCUUAUCAUGGCCUCUUUUCCUUGGCGUGACUUUGUUGCCCUGGAGGCUGAGAUGUUCCAGAAAUAAAUAACGCGUUUCUAAAGGAUUCUAGGAUUUAUGGAUAAGUAUGUGUAUAUGUAUAUGGGUCUGUCUGGAUCCUCCGACUAGAUCUCUCUUUUAACGUUGGUCUUCUUGUGGAGAACUGUGUUUGUGUACAAACAUGGGAGAAACCAGCCUGAACGACUCGAACGUCAAGGUGGCCGUCCGCGUCCGACCCAUGAACCGGAGAGAAAAGGACCUGAACACAAAAUGUGUGAUCGAGAUGGAGGGGAACCAAACGUUCCUGUAUCCUGCAAGCGGGAACCUGGGAAAAGCCGAUUCGAGGAGUCAACCCAAGACUUUUGCGUACGAUUACUGCUUCUGGUCCAUGGACGAGUCCGAAAAGGAAAAAUAUGCAGGACAAGACAUAGUGUUUCAGUGCCUCGGGGAGAGUUUGCUGCACAACGCCUUCCAGGGUUACAACGCCUGCAUCUUCGCCUACGGGCAAACGGGCUCGGGGAAGUCGUACACCAUGAUGGGUUCGGCAGACCAGCCGGGUCUGAUCCCUCGGCUCUGCAGCUCGCUGUUUGAGCGCACGCUGCAGCACCAGAGACAGGAAGAGAGCUUCACCGUGGAGGUCUCUUACAUGGAGAUCUACAACGAGAAAGUUCGGGACCUCCUCGACCCUAAGGGGAGUCGUCAGGCUCUGAAGGUGCGAGAACAUAAAGUGCUGGGGCCGUACGUGGACGGACUCUCUCGGCUCGCCGUCGCGAGCUACAAGGACAUCGAGUCGUUAAUGUCCGAGGGAAAUAAAUCUCGCACCGUGGCUGCUACCAACAUGAACGAGGAGAGCAGUCGCUCCCACGCCGUUUUCAAGAUCAUCCUCACACACACACUCCGAGACCUGCAGUCCGGGACCAGUGGGGAGAAAGUGAGUAAGCUGAGUUUGGUGGAUUUGGCUGGAAGUGAGAGAGCAGCUAAGACCGGUGCGGCUGGUGAGAGACUGAAGGAAGGCAGCAACAUUAAUAAGUCUUUAACCACACUGGGGCUGGUGAUCUCAGCACUGGCUGACCAGGGUGCAGGAAAGAACAAGAGCAAGUUUGUGCCUUACAGAGAUUCCGUGCUCACAUGGCUGCUUAAGGACAGUUUAGGAGGAAACAGUCGGACCGCCAUGGUGGCCACGGUGAGUCCGGCCGCCGAUAACUACGACGAGACUCUGUCCACGUUGCGCUACGCCGACCGCGCCAAGAGCAUCGUCAACCAUGCCGUCGUGAACGAGGAUCCUAAUGCCAGGAUCAUCCGAGAGCUGAGGGAGGAGGUGGAGAAGCUCCGGGACCAGCUCACACAAGCAGAGUCCAUGAAGGCUCCAGAGCUGAAGGAGAGGCUACAGGAGUCUGAGAAGUUGAUCCAGGAGAUGACAGUCACCUGGGAGGAGAAACUGAGGAAGACCGAGGAGGUUGCUCAGGAGAGGCAGAAGCAGCUGGAGAGUCUGGGCAUCUCUCUGCAGUCAUCAGGGAUCCGUGUGGGAGAGGAUAAAUGCUUCCUGGUCAACCUCAACGCUGACCCCGCCCUCAACGAACUGCUGGUUUACUACUUAAAGGAACACACGAUGGUGGGCUCAGCAGACUCGCAGGACAUCCAGCUGUGCGGUAUGGGCAUCCAGGCCGAGCACUGUGUCAUCAACAUCACUCCCGAGGGCGCGGUUUUCCUCAACCCGUACAAGAAUUCCAGGACGUGUGUGAACGGCUCUCCAGUCACGAGCCAGCAGCAGCUUCACCAUGGCGACCGCGUACUGUGGGGCAACAACCACUUUUUCAGAAUAAACCUUCCGAAGCGGCGCCCUCGUCCUGCGGCCGAUGAGGAGGAAGGGGAGGGCGGUAACAUGAAGAACAGCAACAGCAGUGAGCAGCUGGACGUAGACGGAGACACGGCCAGCGAAGUUUCCAGUGAAGUCAGCUUCAGCUAUGAGUUCGCGCAGACGGAGGUCAUGAUGAAGGCACUGGGGAGCAACGAUCCCAUGCAGGCUGUGCUGCAGAGUCUGGAGCGACAGCACGAGGAGGAAAAGCGCACGGCCCUGGAGCGCCAGCGGCUGAUGUAUGAGCAGGAGCUGCAGCAGCUGCGCAGACGGCUCACCCCCGAACGGCAGAGCACGCAGACCCAACAGCAAUACCGCAGCAUGGAGAGACUCAGCCUGGGUGGGGCGUCGUCGUCUUCUCGUCUGCGCCAGUGGAGUGAGGAAAGGGAGGCGGUGCUGACACGGAGUUUGCGGAAACUUCGGGAGCAGAUCGUAAAAGCCAACCUGCUGGUGCAGGAGGCAAGCUUCAUCGCCGAGGAGUUGGACAAGAAAACCGAGUACAGAGUCACUCUGCAGAUUCCUGCUGCUAACCUCAACGCCAACAGGAAGCGCGACGCCGUGCUGAGCGAACCUGCCGUCCAGGUGAGGCGGAAAGGUAAAGGCAAGCAGAUCUGGGCUCUGGAGAAGAUGGAGAACAGGCUGGUGGACAUGAGGGAGCUCUAUCAGGAGUGGAAGGACUAUGACGAGGAUAAUCCCGUGAUGCGUUCAUACUUUAAAAGAGCGGACCCUUUCUUCGACGAGCAAGUCAAUCACAGUCUGAUCGGAGUGGCUAACGUCUUCCUGUCCUGCUUGUUUUAUGACGUGAAGCUGCAGUACGCCGUGCCCAUCAUUAACCAGAAAGGAGAGGUGGCAGGACGGCUGCAUGUCGAGCUCGUGCGUGUUGCUGGAGGUGUAGAGGACAGCAUGGCUGGAGGGGAAGAUGGGGACAGCAGCCCUGAAGGAGAUCCACUCGAGCGCAAGCUCGUCUGUAUGAUUAAGAUCCUGCAGGCUACAGGCCUCCCCCAGUACCUGUCCAACUUCGUUUUCUGUCAGUACUCGUUCUGGGACCAGGCCGAGCCCAUCAUCGUGGCUCCCGAGGUGGACCCGUCUGCCUCGUCUCCCUGCAGCGGAGACCCUCACUGCAUGGUGGUGUUCGACAGCUGUAAGGAGCUGGCCGUGGCAGUAACGGAGGAUUUCAUCGAGUAUCUAACGGAGGGAGCGCUGGCUAUUGAGGUGUUUGGCCACAGGCAAGCUGAUCCAGGCAGGAACCUGGCCCUGUGGGACCUCAGCAUUAUUCAGGCCAAGACUCGCACACUGCGUGACAGAUGGAGCGAGGUGACGCGAAAGCUGGAGAUGUGGGUGCAGAUCCUGGAGCUGAAUGAGAACGGGGAGUACGUGGCCGUGGAGGCGGUGUCAGCCGGAGAUGUUCGCACAGGGGGCGUGUUUCAGCUGCGACAGGGUCAGUCUCGGCGGGUGCAGGUGGAGGUGCGUUCGGUGCAGGACUCUGGCACUAUGCCACUGAUAGCCGAGAUCAUUCUGGGCGUGUCCAUCGGGUGUGUGGAGAUCAGACAGGCUCGCCCCGCUAAAGGCAACGACUCGCAACAGCUGGAAGGGGAUGAAAUGGACAGCUAUCAGGAGCGAGACCUGGAGAGGCUGAGACGCCAGUGGCUGGCCGCUCUCACUAAGAGACAGCAAUACCUGGACGAGCAUCUCCAGAGUCUGGUCAGCAAAACAGAUAAGUCUGAAGACGACGUGGAGCGCGAGGCUCAGCUGCUCGAGUGCCGUCUGACUCUCACCGAGGAGAGGAAUGCGGUGAUGGUGCCCUCUGCUGGUAGCGGCAUCCCGGGAGCUCCUGCAGAAUGGGUACCGGUGCCUGGGAUGGAAACUCACAUUCCAGUCCUCUUCCUUGACCUGAGUGCUGAGGAUUUUAGCUCCCAAGAAAACCUGGAGAGCCCGGAAGCCGGCGGCUGGGACGCCAUGUUGAGCGGAGAGGACGAGGACGACUUCUUUGAUCUGCAGAUCGUCAAGCACUACGAUGGAGAGGUGAAAGCCGAGGCCUCCUGGGACUCCACGGUUCACGAGUGUCCUCAGCUGAGUCGAGGUGGAGCUCCAGACCAGAGGGUCUACCUGACCGUACGCACCAUGGUGCAGCUCAGUCACCCGGCAGAGAUGCAGCUCGUCCUGCGCAAACGCAUCUGCGUGAAUCUGGCCGGACGACAGGGUUUUGCCCAGAACAUCCUAAAGAGAAUGUCGACACGGAGCACCGUGCCUGGCUGCGGCGUGACCUUCGAGGUCGUGUCCAAUAUCCCGGGGGAUGCUCAGAGCUCCGAGGACAGGGAGAUGCUCGCCCGGAUGGCCGCCAACACCGAGAACCCCAAAUCAUCAGACAACGAGGCGGCCAUAGAGAAAUACCUGCGCAGUGUCCUGGCUGUGGAAAACAUCCUCACGCUGGAUCGCCUAAGACAGGAGGUGGCUGUGAAGGAGCACUUGGCCGGUAAAGGGAAGGGAAGCAGACGGAGUCUCAGCUCGCCCAGCGUCCACAGACUAUCUGGGAGCAGACAGGAUCUGCCUUUAAACUCGAGCCUGGAGGACAACAAGAAUCGAUGGGAAAGUCAGCAGGACAUCUUCCUGACGGCUCCGCAGUUCAGCCGCACGCUGCCUCGGCCCACCAGAGAACCCACUCCGCCACCACAGGGCCAGAGCCCACCCCAAACCCAGGAUCCAGAGCAAGGCCUUUCAGGGCUUGCUGCUUCUUAUCUCUCCCCAGUCAAGGCCCUCGUCCCCCAGAUGCCCAAGCUACUCAAAUCCCUUUUCCCCGCUCGUGAAGACAAGAAGGACCUGCGUCCCUCUCUGCAAUCGCAACAGCACGUGCCUCGUAUCGUGAUGCAAACUAGCAGCAGCCCAGAUGAAAGCAGAGUUCGAGUAGAAGCGGUGCCAGUGAUCGGGAGGAGUCCUGGCUCGGAGAGACCCUCGGACGGCCCUGACGCGUCCGCCUCCUCCGCGCAGGACUCGCAGGAGCUGCCCCUCAGCCCCAUCAGUGAAGCUUCUAGCGGUUAUUUCUCCGCCAGCAUCUCCAUCGCAACCCUCUCCGAGGUCUCUGCUGCGUCCGGGGACCUUACCCCGAGCCCCAACACUUACGAUACGUCCCGGCGGGGCGCAGACGAGUGCGAGGACGCCUUCGUUCCUCCUGGGCUAAAACGCGACACGGAACCUCUGCAGAACCCAAUCCCCAAAGACCUACAGCCUUCCGCGUCUCGGAACGGCGUUCCCUGUUCUGACUCCGAAGCGAAACUAGUAACCGUCCUUCCUGUAGUAUCUAAAGCUACUACAGAUUGUACGUUCUCCCUCCAGAGGGUCAAACCCUCGAACCUGAAGUCGUUCAGCCCCAUCCUGCCUGAGAUGGAGAAAGGAGAAAGAGGCAGGGCGGAGGGCAGCUCUGACGAAACCAGCAGAGACGCCGAAAUCCCUCGCUGGCUCAGAGUCGGAGAAAGCAUCAUGUUGGCCAAUAGUAAGUGUGGCACGGUGCGUUACGUCGGGCAUACGGACUUCUCAGAAGGCAUCUGGGUCGGCGUGGAGCUCGACAUGCCCGCAGGUAAACACGAUGGUACCGUAGGGGGCCGUCAGUAUUUCCGAUGUAACCCCGGUUACGGAGUCCUCGUGCGGCCGGACCGGGUGAGUCGGCGCGACGUGCCCAGACGGCACUCGGAGAACCGGCGCAGCGGCGAGUUCCUACAGGUCAAGGCGAGUUCAGGCCUGACCAAUCAGAAAGCCGAGAACCGCAAAUCCUGGAGCAACUAAACGCCGUUCCUUCACAAGUACGAAGACGAGGAUGGAAUCAAAUUCAUGCACUUGUGCUGUAUAACCCUGGUGCUCAGUUCUACACGGAGGAGCUUACCCGCUUACACCAGCUUACCUGCUUGCGUGACGAGUCGCAUCUCAACACUGUAUAAACUGUGCGAGUCGAAACUCGGUCAUAACGAGGAACCCUGUUCUCCGGGGUCAAACGGUCGAUUUGUUAUUAUUUUUUUUAUUUAAAUCCUGCCCUGAUUCUCUCCCUGAUUAUGCAUGAUUAAUCUUCCUACCCCUUUAGUCAAUAAUCUGUGCUGAGAAUCCCGAACGUGCCUUUGUGAUUCAGGUUUUUUAUUUUAUUUUAAUUUUUUUUUUAAAAGUCAUCCCUUAUUCCUCUUUAACACUAGUGAGAAAGCCUUCUGUCAGCGCGUGGUCUGAUCUCAGGGAUCGGUCAGAUAUAACGGUUGUGUCUGAUGUAAUAGAGAGCAGGUUCUGCAUCAGAAGAUGCCAAAAGUGUGGGAUAUAUAUAUAUAUAUAUAAAUAUAAAUAUAAAUAAUACAAGGUUUGUAAUUUUGAAGGCCUGUUCACACCAAACACGAAUUUUAUGCGUGAUGCGUCAUGUAUGCAUUGUUAAAGCUCAAUUUUUGUGGUUUUUGGAUGAUUUUAGGCAUUUCACAUCAUGUCAUCGUGUCAGCGUCGUACUGAAGGGGUCGACAGCUCGUGUUCGAGCUGUACGAUGCUUUUAUUUUAAAAAAUAAACCGUAUCGGUGCUUUAGUGGUAAAAGUAAGUGAAGGUUAUGGCUAUGGCUUUAUUUUAGCUCCUGUGUCGCUUCAAUAGGUUGUCUAAUCUAAUAGAUUAGAUCGAUUGGAUAAGUAAACGUAGGGUGACCGCUGUUAGGGGUCGUUGUGUUGGGUAUAAAUCGUUUCCAUCUCUUUUUUUUUUUUUUUUUUUUUUUAAACUACACUUUCACGGUGCAUCGUGUUUAGUACGAAUAGGCCUAAAGACAGGAAGUUGCGUUUCCAAUGCGAUGUGCUGUAUUUAUUGCACGUGGGAGAGUAAGGAAAAAAGAUGGGAUUGCGUCGGGAGAAAAGUCUGUCGCUCACACGGGGCGAAGACCACUACGUACCUCGGAGCGUGUAGCACGUAGAUCUGAGCGAUUUAAAGAGAACGGAUAAGUCGAACUGGGAUGUAGGAGGUUUUAACGUCGCACUGGAAUUCCCGAGGGUAAACCUCCAGUUAAGAAUGGCUCUUGAGAUCAUCCAUAAAGUUCAGUCUUCCAUAAAGAGCUUUGAAUUUGGCGAAGAUGAUGAUGAUGAUGCUGAGAGGCUACACUAUAUUCAAUCGCGUAAAGCGAAUAAGUGGAAGGAAAGUCAUUCCAAGAGAACGUUUUUGCGUCACGAAGAAGUCGGGGACGCACGUACUUCAAUAUGAAGGAGCACGGAUGAACGUUCUCGCAUGUGGGAGCAGACCAGAACAGAUGGGUUAUACCAUUGCAUUUUAAUCCGUACCCCGCGUUCACACUGCAGUAGCUUUUUAUAUACGGCGUCUAAAAUAUUGCACGAGCGAAACCACGGUAGAAAUGUUUGUCGUCCAUAUUUUUUUAAUUAUUUUUGCUCCAAACGGGAACAUCGGUCCGAGGAAUCACGCGAGCCGAUCGUUUGGAUUUGUCGUUCGCGUGUAGUUGAGAAAAUCUCGAUUAAAUUCUCACUUUGUCGCUCGUCAGUGUGAACGCAGGGUUCAAGUCAUUUAAUGUGAUUUCUUCAAUCGAAUGCAAUAUUGAUUUUUAUUAAAGUAUAUUUUAAUGAUUCUAGAUAGCUGUGGAAUUUUAUUGUUAUUUUUUUAAAUAAAAGUUUUCAAUUUAGGAAUCCCUUUGAAUUUCAAACAUUGCACAUUUUGCUUUAGAUUAGAUCCCAGCCCACUCGGUGGGCUCUAACCGAGGACUCUGUGCUGAAAAAAAAGCCAUCAUCUUUUUUUAACUCAGAAGGGUCAAGAGGUCCCCAGGAAGGGCUACGAUUUCCUUCAAGUAGUAUUUAUUCUCCUGAUUUUAUUUUUCUUUGAUAACUCCAGAGUCUUCUAACUAAUAGAACUGUUUAGUGUGUGUGUGUGUGUGUGUGUGUGUGUGUGUGUUGUCAUUAGACACGGCUUCUUCAUCUCGUCAUUGCACAUCGCACGUAUCUUUUUAUCGCUUUUAUUAAUCGUAUCUGUGCCUUGUGCAUGGAGAUAUUUGGAAAAUCACGCACACGUCACUGAGAACAGCGCUGCUCUGAUCGGAUUUUGGCAGACGUGCCAAAAGACAUGUCGGUGAGAAGAGUACGGCGGUUACCGGCGAAUAAAUAACGCUCGUGGUUUUUACGAAUCGCAGAUCAAGACGGCGUAAAAUCGUAAAAAUGUUCACGUUUACUUUGUACCCGACUCGCUUCGGUGUGUUCACACCUUUCCAUUUUUCAUGCGUUUUAGACGUUUUGCAGCUGCGACUCGUAGAACUUUUUGUCCAAGCCCCGCCCCUUUUCGGCGAUCAGUAGCUGUCUGCUUGGCCCCGCCCCUGAAGAUGUUACGGCAGUGUCUAAUCGUUUGUUUCGUACAUGUAGCAUGAACGUAGUAAGCAUGUCUGUCGUGAUGAAAUUACGGUCUCGUCAAUCUCUCUCUACACCGGGGUUCCUUUGUUUUUGUUGUUUGUUUUUUUUAAAACAUUUUUUAUAAGUAUUACGCAUUUAGCGGAACUCUGAUUAACGUUCUAAACUAUUUCAGUGACACUCUUAUCAUAUCCAGUGUUGUAAACGUGGCUUGUGUUGAGCGUAAUGAGUUGUUGCCUCAGAGUUUUAUCCUGCAAGUGCAGACGAUAAAGGGUUUAAACCGUCCGAUCUUCGCAGACAAAACCCGUUUAACGUAUAACGUAUCGUGCGACGUUCACGGUAUCACUGUCGAUUUGGUGCCGCUGCGACCGGACGUUGCCGACGACAAAGUUCCGUCAGCGUGACACUCGACUAAAACCCAGCAAUACGACGACCGCAAACUCGCAAGUCGGCUAAAAUACCGUAGUAGCGCAGUACCACGAAUUGACGUUGAAGGGCGUUUGUGUUUACGCGAGCGUCGUACCGAUUUGUCGUCGUUAACGGCAUCGUACGCAGUAAUUCUCCUUAAUCGCAGGUCUGUCGUCGGAGAAUCUCCCAUCGUAUAACCCGACACGGAUCGCGCACGUCAUCACGCGCGCUCUGUCGAUCUUUACGGAGCGCUCUAAUGGUACAGCGUAAAACCGUCCAACUGACAUCUGUCUUACUGACGCGAAAUAUUUUGCCAGGAUUUAACGCUAAAGUGCAAUUUACCGAUGAUCACAGAUCUAUCGUCGAUUUCCUGUCGUCUCGUUCCGUAUCCUGUUCGCGACGCCGCCGCCGUGAUCUUUUGUACGUUUUCAUAUCUGACAUGUAACCUUUCCUCAAACCUGCCACUGAUCCUCAGCAUUAUUAUUAUUAUUAUUAUUAUUAUUAUUAUUAAAGAAGACCACAAAGUGUCCUUUCAGCUCCGUUCCAGCCGGGCUCAGUCGGCUAAACGUGCUCCCUCAAACCCCCCCCACCCCUGAAAAUGGGUUCUUCCACCUCUGUGUGCUCUCUACACCGACUCUCGGCUCCUUUUCCCUCCGUGUGUACGUGUGUGUGUGUGCGUGUGUGUGUGUGUGUGUGCGUGUGUGCAUUCUGAGACUCCAAUCUGAGCACAAGUUUGGGAUUAAUUUAAUGAUUUGUAAUUUGAUGCUGAUAUCCAAAGAGUAAUCAUGUAUAAUAAUUCAUUUAUAAUUUCUUUUAUAUCGACUGUACAGUAAUCUCUGCGGAAAGGAAAAAUAAAAACGACUGAUUUAUCAAACCGA